AUGGAGGAGUAUACCCGACCUCAUUUCUUUUUUCAUGGGGGUGCGGGUGACGAAAAACUAGAAAGCGAGAAGCGUCGUUGUCACUUCUGCCAGAUUCGUUCGUUCUCGACGCAUACUCGGUUCCCAAUCACCAUCAUUAAUAACGAAGACGAUGCCGUACUCGACCCCGAUUUCCGGUUCAUGGACAGCUCGGUUCUCGGAAAAGGUGUAGAACCAACUAAGAGAGAGUUCCUUACCGGUUGCGAGUGCGUCGAUUCGGAGGACUGUCAAUACAAUACGUGCAAUUGUCUUCAAGAUGUCGAGGACGAUAGUUCCGACGACGAGGAUUUCUACGAUACCUACGGUGCGAAACCUCACAAGAAAGUUUACGCAUAUCAUAGCCACGGCUCUAGGGCGGGCCGACUACGUUCCAAGGUCCUCGCAUCGCGCGACCCCAUCUACGAAUGCCACGAGAGCUGCGCGUGCGGACCGUACUGCCCAAACCGAGUAGUGGAAAGAGGUCGCCAGAUCCCGUUGCAGGUUUUUAGGACUAAGAACCGCGGCUGGGGCGUGCGAAGCACCGUGGACAUUAAGAGAGGUCAGUUUAUCGACAAGUAUAUGGGCGAGAUCAUUACCGCCGAAGAGGCCAAUCGCCGACGAGCGGAGUCGCACAUUGCGCAGCGCAAGGACGUAUACCUCUUCGCGCUCGAUAAGUUCUCCGAUCCGGACUCUUACGACGACCGCCUGCGAGGAGCCCCGUUAGAAGUAGAUGGUGAGUUCAUGUCUGGCCCGACCAGAUUUGUCAAUCACUCUUGCGAGCCGAAUAUGCGCAUCUUUGCUCGAGUAGGGGACCAUGCGGACAAGCAUCUACACGACCUAGCAUUGUUUGCGCUUAGAGAUAUACCUAGGGGCGAAGAGCUAACGUUUGACUAUGUGGAUGGGGUGGAUGAUUCGGAAAAUGAUGCUCUAGAUCCGGAGAAGCAGAAAGAUAUGACACGUUGUCUGUGUGGAAGUGAAGGUUGUAGAGGUUACCUCUGGUGA